AUGUCGAAGAACUCGAAGCUGGCCUAUGAGGCACAGGAGCCUGCAUUUCUUCAGAAACUUCGUGGUCACUACGGAACUUCCUCCGGUCGCCUGGAGCGACCUGCUGCACGGCCGCGCAAGGCCAAGAACAACGAUGACGACGAUGAUGCACCUGUCUAUGUUGACGAAGAGAGCAAUGAGGUGAUUUCAAAGGAGGAAUAUCAAGCCUUAGUCGGUGGAGGUAGCGCGGAUCAAACGAAGGACUCGCCGUCUGUUCAAGGUGAACCCACAGCCGAGGGACAGGACCAAGCGCAAGCUCAAGCAGAACCUGUGGCGAAGCAAAGUAAUCUGACUGAAGUCGGCGGCCAAAGGAAACGCAAACAGGCGAAGGUUGUGGGUGAGGAUAAGUCUGAUGAGAAGGUCGACGAGAAGAAGAUGGCCGACAAUGCACAGUCCAAGGUGCCAGCUUCUCGGAAACCCAAGAAGGCGAAGAAAAUCAAGCUCUCCUUUGAUGAAGAGUGA